CCCCCUCCCCCCUCUCUCCUCUGUAUCCCUCCAUCUCUGUCGUCAUUGUGAGGAAGCCUGGGAGUGGCAGGAAGAAGGAGAGGCAGAGGACGAAAAAAGGGAUCAAGCACAUCAAGAUCUUCUUGAAUAUUUUCACAGCAUCGUUUCAUUCACGGCAGCAGCAUGGCGGAGGGGUCAGUAUCUGUAGCAGAAGUGGAAACCUCCUUCCAGAAGUUUGCAGUUCAUGGAGACACAAAAGCCAGAGGAAAGGAGAUGAACGGCAAGAACUUUGCUAAGAUCUGCAAGGACUGCACCAUAAUAGACGGCAAGAACGUCACCACGACAGACGUGGACAUAGUUUUCAGCAAAGUCAAGGCGAAGUCAGCUCGUGUAAUCACAUUUGAGCAGUUCAACCAGGCCCUGACAGAGUUGGCUCCCAAACGUUUCAAAGGCAAAAGCAAAGAGGAGUCGCUCCAGCAGCUCUACGGUCUCAUUGUUGGUAAGGAGCCUGCCAACGUCGGUGUCACUAAAGUGGCAAAGGCGGCAGCAGUGGACAGACUGACUGACACCACCAAGUACACAGGAGCGCACAAGGAGCGGUUUGACGAGUCCGGCAAAGGAAAAGGAAAAGUUGGGCGGGAGGACAUCCCGGAUGGCAGUGGCUAUGUGGGCGCUUACAAGGGCAGCGGCACUUAUGAGGAAAAAGUUAAAGAGGCAUAAUUCUGUGGACAGGUUAUGAAAAACUUGAUUCAAUAAGUAGAAUUAGCAGUGUUAAAUAUACAAAGAAUAUGAAAGGUUAAAUACAUUUGUUGGCUGCUUUGGAUUUUAAUACAAAACAAAUAAACUGUAGAUGUUUGUUGUCCUGGCAAUAUUAACUAAAUCUAUUAAAAUACAAUUGCAGAAAAGAAAACUAAAAGGUUUUCGUGAGUUUCAAGAAAAUAUUUAUAAAAAGAAAAUCCAAAGAUAAUUGACAGUUAUAGAGAAACGUUUAAUCUGUUGUACAGGAGCAUGAAAAGCUGAUGCCGAAUAUCUUCAAUUCAAGGACCAAGAAAUCAAACUGUACUUACAGCCAAGCAUGCUUUAAAUAAACUAAUACUGCUUUGUAUAAUAGUUUAACACUCUGCCUUAGUAUCGAUGUAGCCACUAGUGUGAAUGCUAUGAUAUACAGUAAUGUGCUACUAAACUCACUUAUCUUGAUGGAAUGGAUGGUAGCAGGUUUCAAGAAAUGAAGCUGCGUCAGCAGUUAUUCUUUACUCGCUUAGCUCAUCACUAUAUAACUGAAUGGCUUUUGCGACUGGACUCCUCAGUGCCCAUUAUAAUUCUUGUAAUGGCAUUUGAUCAUAUCAUGAAUAGAAAUUUACAUUCACGAGUCAAACAAUUAACAAGCAGAGAAGAACAGAGAAUGAUCCCUUAUUGAUGACGCUACAGCAGAGGGCGGCCUAAAUCUGUAUUUCUCAUCCUUAAAAGGACUAUAAACAUUAUGCUUUGAUUGUUAGGCUCAGAAAAUGUAAGCUGCUUCAUUGUUUAAUGAAUGAGAUUAAAUCAAAUAUCAAUAUUUUCUUUCUUCACCCUGAAUUUGAGGCUGGGAAAAAUAUUUUAAGAGAAGUGAAUGUAAUAGUGCAACAUCAUAUUGAUUGAAUAUAUAUAUUUAUAUAUAUAAAGAGUGGCGCUUGAAGAACUCAUCACACACCUACGUCUUCUACCUGGACCCUCCUUGUAAUGUGACGUCGAUUUAUGGAGGAUUAAUUACCAAUGUACCAAUGCUUGUACUUUUAAGGAUGUAUCACAUUAAAGGCCAAUACUGUAAAGCAACAUCUGGA